GUAGAUUUCUCCCACUCACCACCCGGGAUAGACCACGAUUGCAGCCGAAUGUGUUCGCCGAAUAUAAUAUAAAUAGUUCUCUGAUAUUAAUUUCUCAAAUAUGUGAAAAAUGUAUUUGAUUUGAAGUAUUAUAGUGAUUUACAGUGAAAUACAGUAACGUUUUAUUUUAAUAUAAAAUUUCUCUACCAUGUCUUAUAAUAUACCGUCGCAACCAGUAAAAUUCAUUUUCGAGAUAACAUUUUUUUUUUUGAUAUUGGUACCGGCCGGAAUUUUAUGGGCCUGUGUAAAAAAAUGUCUACCGGUGAAGAGAAAAUCAGUCAAAGGUCAAGUCAUCUUGGUGAGGAUCUACUAGAACUCCUCAAAGGCUUUUAUUUUCAGUUCCUACGUGCAUGAAGGCGUUUGCUCAGUAUGGGAAGUGUCCAAGUCGCGGUCGGUAUCAAAACUGGUGGAGAACAAAAUCUGAGUUGUUGUCAGAUUAUCUUAAUGAUGUAUGUUUUUGAAUCAUAUUAUACAAAAAUAAUUAUAUUUUAAAAAUACAAUUAUUAUGAUAGUUAAACAUAAUAAUAUAGUCAAAAUAUUAAGUUAUUAAACAUAAAGUGUAGCUUUAUUAAUUAUCAAUUCAUAACUGAGAACCGAUCGCCAUAUCCCAACAUAUUUUAAUUUUUAGUGUGUCAAAAACAUUCCGAUUAAUACAUAUGCCAAUUCAAUUCGGUAGAUUUGAAAACUAACAAAAAAUCUGAGAGUCUUGGACAGAAAUGUAUUAAAAAUAAAAUUAAACAAUAUUUGGAAAAAAAAAAUCGAUUCACUCAUAUUUGUGAAAUGUGUAGGCAUCAUACCUAUAUGACUCAGUUUAAUCACGAGUAUAAUUGUAAAUACCUGGGUAUAUAAUUUGUAUUAUUAUUUUAUUUGUAUUUAUUUUAACUAUUUUAUAAUGUGUAACAUAAUGAUUUGUUAAUUACAACUUACACAAAUGUUUGUAUACUACGAUUCAAAAACAUACCUAAUUAAGAUAAACCGACCGCGACACAAACUUUGUUUUAUCUGUUUUAAUCCCAACCGUCACAAAAAUACAAAUCAUUUGUGCACAAUUUGCGAACAAUUGAAACCUUUUUUCAAAGAAAUUUAACCGCAUAUAGGGUGUAUCUAACUUGCGUACCUACCUUUAAAUUAAAAAAAGUGUAAAAUAUGCAUUGAAAAAUUAAAAAAAACAUGCAGAUGCAUUAAAUUCCAUUUUUUAAUUACCUAUACUCUCAAAAUGCAAAAUUAUUUAAUAUUAUAAAACUUUUUUUUUUCCGUGUUAAACAAAUAGUGCAUACUGUUAUUACGCCCCAAUCGGAGACUGAACUAAAAUGUACAAGACAUUUGUUAUGGUUUUAACUUAUAAGGUUUAACAAUUAUUAUCAGAGGAAAAAUUUAACAAAAAAAGCGUUAUAUUAGAAAUAUAUUAAUAAAGAUUAAAUCUCAUCAUGUAUUACUGAUCGUUGAUAACUGAUGAGUGAUAGAAAACCACGACUGAAAAUAAUCGUUAUAGACACCCUGUACAGUGUACACCCAAAACUGUACUUAAAAUCAAGUUUUCGUUAUUCGAAAUUUUUCGUGCAAAAAAAGUUGUCGUAAAUUUAAAAAAUAUAUUAAUUUGUGUGCAAACGAGCCUCCGCCCUCGGUAUCAACACCAUUAUGAAAACCCCGGUCCAUAUCGUAAUCAUGGAGUCUAACACAAUUAUUAUUUAUGAAACCCGAGCCUUCCAAAAUUUAAAAUUAUAAAGUAAAACCCGUCAAAUCCGAUCCACUUAUAAAUGCGUGACCCGGAAAAUUGUCGAACCUAUUCGAGCCCAAUCUAGCCCAUUCAAAUUUAUCGCAUGCAAUAGUAGUAUUUAAUAUUAUAUAAUGUUAUAUAAUUUAGUAGUAGGUUUAAUAUCAUCAGGUUGUAUUCAACCUGGUGAUAUUAAAAAAUAUAUGGUUAAACAAGAAUAUAAGUAAAUAAAAGGUACUGUGAAUUAAUAACGUAUUGUAAUUCAUUGAAAAUUAAUUUCACAUGAAUUUAAAUAUAUUUAAAUCUAAAAAAAAAAAUUCGAAAAAGUUAAUAUUACUUGAGAUAACGGGUGUUUUACGUUAUGUUGAUAACUGUGUAUAAUGGUCCUACAAGUAAGAGUUAGGCCAGACGAUGUACCUAUGUCUACCAAACCGGUAGCUUAUAAAUUAUCGCUUAUCCUCCAGUAUCGCUUGAGCCUUAACACCAUCGAAUUAUUAUGCAAGCGUUUGUUUUUAGAUCACCGGUGCCGCCGCAGGAUUAGGCCGUCAACUCGCAUUGCUGUUCGCAAAUUUAGGCGCGAAAAUCGUAUGCUUGGACAUAAAUGAAGAAGGAAACGACAAGACGGCGCAGAUGGUCAAAGAAACGGGAGCGGUGGUUGCCAGCUACAAAUGCGACAUUUCCAAAAGGGAUCAGAUCAAAGACAUACACCAACGAGUAAAAAAGGAAAUAGGCCCGGUAGACAUAUUGAUAAACAACGCAGCCAUCGUGUGGGGUCACAUCUACUUAGAUCCCACGAAAGAUCAAUUAAUCGACGAUAUAAUAGACGUAAAUCUCAAAGGACAAUUUUGGGUGAAUAUUAAAUAUGAUAAUAUUUCCUUUUACUAAUUUAAUAUUACGGCUCAAUUAUUAAGAAAACUAAUUUCUAACUCGCCAACUAGAUUCGAAAUUCAAGAGAAAAGAAUAUAAACAUUUUAUAUUGCCAUCAUUUAACACAUUAUUUUCUGAUUUGAAUAUAAUAUACAAAGUUUGUUUUCUAUAUAGAUGAACAGAGAAAUAAUCCCGUCGAUGAUAGACAGAAAAAGUGGACAUAUCGUAACAAUAUCUUCGUUGGCAGCGGUAUGUGGAGUAGCCGGUAUUUCUUCGUAUACAGCUACCAAAUGGGCCACCAAUGGUACACUAUUUAAUUUACAGUCACUAUGCUACUUAUGUUCUACGACAUUUGGUUGCUCUUUGUGUUUUGGUUAUAAUAAUAUUCGAACCACGAAAAUGAAAAAAACUAAACGAUUUGAUUUAUUUUUUAAUACAAAUUAUUUCAAAAAUUUGACUAGCAUACAAAAAUAGAGCUGAUAAACAAUUCUUCACAAAUCGCGUUUAAAAAUCAAUAAAUUGAUAAGUAUUCAAAGCAAUCGACUUUGACGGAAAUAAAAUAUGUCUUACCCGGUUUUUGGUUUAGUGGGUUACCACUGUGUCUGAAACCACGCAUCAUCACGUAUCUUAGAUUGAUUACCUUAUCCACACACUGAGCUUUUAAUUAAACUAUAACUCAAAUAAUAGUAUACACUAUAUUUUCUUGACACAAAACACGUUGAACACAAUAUAACUACAAACACAUCACGAGAAUAAUAUAUUGUACGAACAGGUUAUGAUUUGUUCAGCAUUAUGUUUAAUAAUCAUUUUAACUCACAGGUAUGAUUGAAAGUAUGAGAAACGAAUUGAACGAAUUGAACGAGUUGAUUUCCAGUUCCAUAAAGACAACGACAAUAAUGCCUUACUUCAUAAAUACUAAUCCGAAAAUUUCCGAACGGUUAGACUGCAGGUACAUAAAAAUGUGCAAAUAAUAUUAUCACUGUAUAAUUAUUGAGUCUCAAUACCUGAACGGAGAAAAAAUUAUAUACAAAUUGAGUCCCGGAUAUAAACAAGAAUUAUACCAAUUGAGCCCGAGGAUUACUUUAAAUGUAAAAUAUAAAUUAAACAUAGUAUACAAUAACACUGAUGCGAUUAUGGAGACGACUACGUGAUAUCGUCCAUAUCGUCUUUAGGACUUUCGUGUUAUAAUACUUUAUUCCAAAAUAUUAAAAAUUUAAUUUUGAUGUAUUUUUUUUAAAGUUCGACGGUACUCAGUUAGUUAGUUGGAGGGUUGCUAGAGGGUCUUUAGCACCGUUAAUUUUAAAAUUAGGACCCCCGAAAAUACCCAAUAGGUUGUUUUAUAGUAUAGACUAAAUAUUUUAUUCGUGUAUGUCAAAAUUAAUAUCCAAAACAAAAUACAAAUCACAUACAUACAGAUAAUACACGUGUGUAUAAAAAAUAAAGUUAAAAAUGUUUUGUUACAUUUUUAUAUAAAAACUGUAAAUAGAAUGUUUAUUUUCUUAUAAUAGGUACCGUGUAAAGUGGAGUAUUGCCUCUAUGGGCCUGUGAUAGUAAACAUGCUUUCCGAGUUUGCUCUCUGAUUUUCUUAAUUACUAUUAAUUUUACCUAAUUAUUUGUCUCGUUCUUUUAUAAUAUCUGACCAGUUUUUCACUCUGAGCCCAACGCGCGUUAUAUGCGACUUCUCCAUAAUCGUCCUAAUAGUUUUAUAAAUAAUUUCUUCUUCACUACUCUUCCUGACCACCCUGGUAAUCGCCUAAAAUUAUCGUGAUUUAAGAACCUUUAUUCGUUUACACGAAUAAUUGUUCAGUUAGAUAGUAAUUUUCUAAUUCGAAGUCAGUAAGAGUGUUUCCAUCAGGUGGCUUCUACUCGUGAUAUUGUUAAUGUUAAUUAAAUAUUUAUUUUUAAUUUUUUUUUUUCUAAUGUACCGUUAACAUUUUGUACCUACAUUUGCAAUUUGUACACAUUAUUUAAUUUAAAAAAAUAUAUAUAUAUAUCUAGUACACACGUAUUAGGAUUAAGAAAGUAUUAGAACAAGAGAAAAUCACACAAUCUAUUUUUUAGAUUUCCGGAAAUCCCAAUCGAGACAGCAGGUCGACUUAUUGUAAGAGGAAUACUGGAAGAAAAACAGAUAUUUUCGGUUCCUAAUCACAUGUACCCAAUGUACAUGUUCAUAAGGUAUUGUCAAAAUAUUUUUAUUAGUUCAAUGUGUACGUUUUAAACGUUUAAGUUAUUGUGUUAAUUGUGUAAAAAAAAAAAUUAUGAAAAAAAAAUUAGUUUCCGUUUUCUUACAGAUUUUUGCCAGAGAAUUUGCAAAAGGUAUUUAGUAAAAUUGUACACAUUAAGUUUAUACCGGAUGAUGAAGAACAACAAAUCAUAGAUCGUUACCAGGGGAAAAUGUAGCGUAUUUAUUUCUAAUGAAUGGUAAUAAUAUAAUAUAUUGUUUUGUAUUCAUAGUUUAUAAAAUUACGUCUUGUACUUAUGUAAAGUUAUUGAUUUUUAUAUUAUUAUAACCAUUAUUGUGGCUAUAAAGCUGACGGACAUUCGCGUAUUUUCUCGUACGUGUUUAUCGUAAACGGUCGAGAACAAUCACCUACCUCAUCGUCUCUAUAUUCCCGUCUUACCAUCGUCUUGCUGCGCACGACCAUAGUCCUCAUAAUUGAUGAUGGCUAUUGCCUAUCGUAGGAAAUUAUUAUUUCUUUAGGCCUAUUUAUUCUAAUUAAUAUUCUAUUACUAAAGUUUAAUAAGUAUCGCUUACAUUAAAUGGCCAGCUUGAAGUUCGUUGUUCAAAAUAUAAGGGGCAGGAUAUAAAGGGG